CAAAACCCAAACCGCUAGGGUUAGGGCUUCUCUCUCUCUCUAAAAACCCAAAAAAAAUAAAAAAUAAAAAUAAAUCUAGGGUUAGGGUUGGGCUACUCGAUGAUCCGCCGCCGCAAAGCCCAGCCCGAUCCCCCCAAACCCUCAGCCCCGCCUCCUCCGCCGCCGGAGAAGCCCAAGGACGGCGAUGCUCCGGUUCCCAAUAAGAAGACGAAGGAGAAGCGAUGGAGCUGCGUCGACAGCUGCUGCUGGCUCAUUGGCCUAAUCUGCUCGAUCUGGUGGUUCCUCCUCUUCCUCUACAACGCCAUGCCGGCCUCGUUCCCUCAGUACGUCACCGAGGCGAUAACGGGCCCGUUACCCGAUCCUCCGGGGGUUAAAUUGCAAAAGGAGGGCUUGACGGCGAAGCACCCGGUGGUUUUCGUGCCUGGGAUUGUCACUGGGGGUCUGGAGUUGUGGGAGGGGCACCAAUGCGCCGACGGAUUGUUUCGAAAGCGGCUCUGGGGCGGGACUUUCGGCGAGGUCUAUAAGAGACCUUUAUGCUGGGUUGAGCAUAUGUCUCUUGACAAUGAGACUGGACUGGAUCCUGAAGGCAUAAGAGUCAGGUCUGUCACAGGCCUUGUUGCGGCAGAUUAUUUUGCUCCUGGCUACUUUGUUUGGGCAGUGUUAAUCGCUAAUUUGGCUCGAAUUGGGUAUGAAGAAAAAACAAUGUAUAUGGCUGCAUAUGAUUGGAGAAUCUCUUUUCAAAACACUGAGGUAAGGGAUCAAACCCUUAGCAGGAUAAAGAGUAACAUAGAACUAAUGGUAUCUACAAAUGGUGGAAAGAAGGUUGUAGUCAUUCCACAUUCCAUGGGAGUUCUGUACUUCCUGCAUUUUAUGAAGUGGGUUGAGGCACCUGCUCCAAUGGGGGGUGGUGGUGAUUCAGAUUGGUGCGCAAAGCAUAUAAAAGCAGUGAUGAAUAUUGGCGGGCCUUUCUUAGGUGUUCCUAAAGCAGUUGCAGGACUGUUCUCAGCUGAAGCAAAGGAUGUUGCUGUUGCCAGGGCGAUUGCACCUGGUGUGCUUGACUCUGAUUUCCUUGGACUUCAGACUUUGCGGCAUCUUAUGCGUAUGACUAGGACAUGGGAUGCGACUAUGUCAAUGAUUCCCAAAGGCGGUGAUACAAUUUGGGGUGGUCUAGAUUGGUCACCAGAAGAAGAUUAUGUCUGUACGAAGAAACAGAAAAACAACGAUUCUUAUGCUUAUCAUGAAGUAAAUAGUGGAAAAUUGGACCAGUCACAUACUGUAAAUUAUGGAAGACUUAUUUCUUUCGGAAAAGAUGUGGCAGAGAUGCCUUCGUCCAAGAUUGAACGAAUAGAUUUCCGGGAUGCCAUUAAAGGUAACAACAUUGCUCAUUCAAGUGCAUCAUGUCGUGAUACUUGGACAGAGUAUCAUGAACUGGGUUGGGGUGGAAUAAAGGCUGUUGCUGAUUACAAGGCCUAUACCGCUGAUUCUGUUUUGGAUCUUCUUCAUUUUGUUGCCCCAAAAAUGAUGCAACGUGGAAGUGCUCAUUUUUCAUACGGCAUUGCGGAGAAUUUGGAUGAUCCAAAAUACCAGCAUUACAAAUAUUGGUCGAAUCCCUUGGAGACAAAAUUACCUAAUGCUCCCGAUAUGGAGAUAUAUUCUAUGUAUGGAGUAGGGAUUCCUACUGAAAGGUCAUAUGUCUACAAGUUAUCUCCCUCAUCUGAGUGCUAUAUCCCUUUUCAAAUUGACGCAUCUGCCGAAGGUGGAAAUGACAAUAACUGUUUGCAUGGUGGGGUUUAUUUGGUCGACGGAGAUGAAACAGUGCCAGCACUUAGUGCAGGCUUCAUGUCUGCAAAAGGUUGGAGGGGGAAAACACGGUUUAAUCCUGCUGGUAGCAAGACUUAUAAUAGGGAAUAUGCUCAUGCCCCUCCAGCUAAUUUGUUGGAAGGCCGUGGUACUCAGAGCGGUGCACAUGUUGAUAUUAUGGGCAACUUUGCUUUGAUUGAAGAUAUAAUCAGAGUAGCAGCAGGAGCUACUGGAGAGGAUUUGGGUGGUGAUCAAGUUUACACAGAUAUAUUCAAAUGGUCAGACAAGAUCAAUAUACAGCUAUAGGUUCUUGGAGAAGGGGGAAAAAAGGGAAAACUUAACGUAUCCAUUUUUUUUUCUUGCAAUUUACGUCUGGGACGAAAUCGAAAUUGCACAGGUCUGCGCGACUAAAUCGAAAUUGCAAAAAUCCUUUCCCCCAGAGUAUAUUCUUUUGGAGAAUACCAAAACGGUGAUUCUGCUGGACUGCCCCCAACCAUCGUUGAGUUUGAGCUCAUGCACAUUUACCUUUUCCACCACCACCACGCACCAGAGGGGAAAAAACAAAGGAAAAUCUGGUCAUUCAUGUGUGCAUCCAAUUUCUCAUUAAAUGUAUUUUUUCUGUAUCGCGUGGUAGAUGUGCUGUACUGAGCAGCAGAUGUGAAAUAUUUAUUGAAGAAAUUUAGAUUGUAUAUUUUUA